AGGAUUGUUUUUCUCUCACGUCGGGUGCACGGAUAGUAAGCUAACGGAUAUACCGCAAACAGUAAAGUGUUACAAACAACAAGGCUUCUUGCUAAAAGGUAUACAGGUACAGCACGGGAACAGGUUUGUUUACUUGGUACCGAGUCUUUCUUGUAUGGACUUAUAUAUACUCGUGGAUAAUGUGGUUUUGCCAUAACAGCGCGUUCACACGGAGAAGUGGGUAACGUGAGCUAACUAGCAUAGUUAGCAUUAGCCUGCUAGUUGUUGAAGCUAGGCCGCGGAGGAAUACGAGAAGCUGCUUCCUGUUUCUGGCUCCAUUGGAGAAUGUAGGUUACAUUCAACAAUCCCAGCGUGUUAUCUAAGUGGAUACGUAUAGUGGUGCGUACUGCGACUGCGUUUAAGUUUGUUUUUAGUUGUGCUUUUGCGGGUGCUAACUAGCUUGUUAGCUCUCUUUUAGCAUGAGUGAGCUGCAGGGCUGCAAACAGUCCGCUGACUCUGCAUCGAGGAAACGGUGUGCAUCACCCUCUCCAUCACCAGACCACGAUGAGGGCAACAACACGAUCCCCAGCAAGUCUGCGAAAGUAAGUGACGCAUGCAAUGAAGCGUCGGAAAGUUGCAGAGACAGUGAAGCUGAGAGUAAAGAGAUAGGCCAGUCAAAGGAGAGUGAGGGAAAACCAGCUGCACUGAAAGCAGAGAAAGGUUUAGACAGCACGGAUGGCACCAAAGCAACAGUGCCUAUCAACAACUCCAGAGCAGAUGGUCACAAUGCCAGCAACACAGAGAAGCCACAGUCCUCAGAUGCACAUGGAUCUGCUGAGGGAUCAAAGGAAGUCACAGAGAAGCCAGCAGGAGCAAAGCAGCGUCCCUCUGCUUCUCUGGACCAGACCGACUCAGCAGCCAUAGCAGCUGCUGAAGCACUGGCCAGUCUCACAGGAGGAGAUGGAGAAGACAGCCGAGAGACUCCUUGUUCAUCUGAAAAGGCUAAACAGGUGAAACAGGGGAGCAAAUUCAAACAACGUGGGGGCCACCAGUCCUCAAGAACCGGCUCCAAGACGCAGGCGGCUGCUGCAGAUAGCUCCACAUCUGUGCACAGCACUGACAGAGAAGAUGCUGAUGAGAUGCCAGAAGCAGAUGAAGGUGAUGAAUCUAUAUCUGGAUCUUCCUCCACCCCAAGCUCCUCUUCUUUCCCGUCAGACAAUGAGGACAAUGACGAUGGGGAGUGCGCCAUCGUGUCGGUUAAGAUGGCCCCAGAGAUGAGACAGUCGGUGGCUCUCCUGGCGCAGGUACAGAUGAGGCUGGAAGCUCUUGAGAAGAAAAGUGCCCGGCUUCACCAGCGGCUGGAGCUGAAGAUCAGUCGCCAGAGGCGCCCACAUCUGGAUCAGCGCAGCUCCAUCACAAAAACUAUCCCUGGCUUCUGGGUGACAGCUCUGUUGAACCAUCCUCAUCUCUCGGCUCACAUCGACGAGACUGAUGAAGACGCUCUCAGUUACAUGACUGAUCUUGAGAUCGAGUCCUUCAAGAAUAAUAAACUGGGCUACAGGAUCCGCUUCCACUUCAGACGGAACCCGUACUUCCAGAACAACAUCAUCAUGAAGGAGCUGCACCUCGGGAUGGGAGGAUCUCCUAUGUCAUUCUCCAACCCCAUCCUGUGGCAUCGUGGACAGAACCUGACGGCCCACAGCGAGCCCAGGAAGUCGUCGCGUGGAGUUUACCAGACCUUUUUCAGCUGGUUCAGUGACCAUAGCAACCCAGGACAAGAUGAUGUAGCACUGAUACUCAAAGACGACCUGUACAGAGAUCCGCUGAGAUACUACCUCACUCCGCUCUGGGAACCGAGAGAGAACGGCAGUGCUGGCAGCGGGGCCAGAGCAGCUGACAACGGUAAUGGAGACGAUUGUGUGGUGAUCUCCGACUCAGACGAUGAGCCUGGCGAGGAAGCUGGCGAGGCUGAACAAGGCCACAGUAGGGAGGAGGAAGAGGAGGAGGAAGAAGAGGAGGAAGACGAAGAGGAGGAGCGGGCACCAAGUGCUGAUGAGAGUCCAGAGGAGGAGGAUGAUGGUGGAGAAAUUGUGAUUGACGGCUCUGAUGACAGCGAGCAGGAAGAGGAGGAGGCCUGAAGAGGCAUCAAGAGGAAGAUGUCAAUGAAGAUGGCGAGUCAUCGAGGGACCAGAGACCAGGAAGAUGAAGAGGUUGACGAAGAGUACCAGAGCAAUGUCAUUUUUAUGCACAGAAUAUCAGUUUUUUGUUAUUUUAUACCUAAAAUACAUAGGAGCAUUUUAAAUCAGGGUUAACUGUAAUAAUAAAGCCAAGGCAGCAUGGUUUCCCCUCUAUUUUAUACACUCUGUACUCACUUUUUGCAAAAUGUUAUUUUCUAAACCGGUUCUUAGGCAUUAUUAUGCCCGUCACUUCAUACUUCUAUUCAAGCAGUGUUCUUCUAUUUACCGAGGAACAUCGUACAACAGCCUGCACGCAAGCAGGCGAGAUCUUGAUCGCCACUUCUCGUCGGCAUUAAAUUUUGCAUUGCAAAUUCUUCAAACAAAUAAUGCAGAAAGGUUCAGUGGCAUUAUUUAUUGGUCAUUUCCAGGCAAAGUUUUGGCUGUUUUUAGAAUUGACAAGACAAACCUGUCGCGAGCUAAAUUGAUAAUGAGUACCGAACCAAAAUUUGUUCUCAGGGAUGAUCAUGGCGGUAGUUUUAUUGAAAGAACCUUAGUGAUUUUCAGACAUUUACACUCUCUGGUUAUUGUUGGCUGUGUAUAAGGAAACGUGUACUCUACUGUAGUAAAUAGGAACAACUAUUGUUUUAAUAUGCUACCUGUGUUUUUCCUUCUUCAUCUAUAUGUUCAGUCUUGUUACACACCAACCUACACCCCCGUUAACAACCUGUAAACCAUCUCUGAUGUUUAAAAUCAUGACGUAGUUUGACCAACGUUUCUGUGGAUUCCUACAUUUCUACAAUAAAUAGGUGAGUUUUGUAUUUCUUUCCUUAGAAUUUAACUUAAUUUGCUUUCUAAAUCAUUUAAGAUUUUGUUUUCAUGUAAUGUGUUUUAUCUUCUUUUUAAAAAAAAAAACAUGGUAUUUAUUACAUUGUUUUUCUACACGUCCACAUUUUGGCAUGCCUGUGAGCAUGAAAUGUAAGACAGGAUGAUUACAUUACUUACGAGGCUUUUUCUGUGCACAGUGUCGUUAAAUGUCGUUAAAUUCACAGCAACAUUAUGGGGCGCACUGUAACGAAACUAGUAUUUGUAUUUGCUUACUUUUCUUAGCAAUGACCUGUAAAUAAAUAUUUCAGCAUUGUCUUUUGGAUAAGACAAAGUACACGUGUUUAAUCCAUGGAUGAAUUUAUCAAAUAAUCUGGAGUUUUUUCAUAAACAUGAUCAGAAAGUUAUAUUUUGUGUGCUGUGUUUUAUAGAACACUGUAGUUUAAAGAUACCUACUCGUUUGUUGCUUUGGUUCAUUUUGUUUGCUUAAAGAUAAAUGUCCACCUUUUGACUCAGACCUAAUAAAAUAGGCAGUUGUUUCACC